AACCACUUGGUUUUGAUCUUCGUUGCCAACUUCAUUAUAUCAGGCAUAAAAGGGAUAGUCUGCCCCUUAGGUUGGUUCAGGUUCCAAAACAAAUGCUAUGGGUUCCAUUCUGUACCCCAAUCAUGGAAAGAUGCUGAGACCGACUGCCAGCAGUACAGCCAGUACGCUCACCUGGCUUCCAUCGUCUCCAAGAUGGAACAGGAGAUGAUUGCCAGUCACAUCUCCACCAACUACAUCACCAGUAAAGGUGUCUGGAUUGGCCUCUAUGAUUCCUGCAUGAAAAAAUGUUGGAAAUGGACUGAUUAUUCAUCCAUUCCCUAUGUAUCCUGGGAUGAAACCUUUCCUAGACCAAGGAACUACCUGAAUUGCAUCCAGCUGUCUGCCUCGUCAGGAUUUAAAAAAUGGAAGAAUCGAAAUUGUUCAAAAAAAGCACAGUUCCUUUGCAUGUUGAGGAGUUAGUGACAGCAGGUUUUCAUUAGGGAUGCCAUGGCUCUUGGAAUUAAGUUGAGAAAUGUCUUGACUACAAGAGAGACUCCUUGUUUCCCAAUCCUUGAAGACCACCAGUCCUAAGCCUACAUAGUCAAUUCCAUCAGGUUAAGGGUCCGAUACUUUCCUGUGAAAACCAAUAAACUAUUUUCAAUUUUA